CCCUGGGUGGCGCCAUUUUGGAGUGGCGGCGGCAGCAGCUCCGUUCCCGGUGCCUCGCUCGGGGUCUCUCUCGCUUCCUUCCCAUCCGCCCCGCCGGCGGCAGCAUGAGUGUGGUGGAGCACGUGCGCGAGAUGGCGGCCGCCGGGCUGCACUCGAACGUGCGGCUGCUCAGCGGGCUGCUCCUCACCAUGAGCGGCAACAACCCGGAGCUGUUCUCUCCCUCUCAGAAGUACCAGCUCCUUGUCUACCAUGCAGACUCCCUCUUCCAUGACAAGGAGUACAGGAAUGCUGUCAGCAAGUACACCAUGGCCUUACAGCAGAAAAAAGCCUUAAGUAAAACCUCCAAAGUCAGGCCUUCUACUGGGAAUGCUGCAUCAACACCCCAAAGCCAGUGUUUACCAUCAGAAAUUGAAGUGAAAUACAAAAUGGCUGAAUGUUACACAAUGCUGAAGCAAGAUAAAGAUGCCAUUGCUAUUCUUGAUGGGAUUCCUUCCAGGCAGAGAACUCCAAAGAUCAAUAUGAUGCUGGCAAACCUCUACAAGAAGGCAGGCCAGGAGCGCUCCUCGGUGACGAGCUACAAAGAGGUGCUGAGGCAGUGUCCCUUGGCCCUGGAUGCCAUCCUAGGCUUGCUCUCGCUGUCUGUGAAGGGAGCAGAAGUGGCCUCCAUGACCAUCAACAUCAUCCAGAGCAUUCCCAACUUGGAUUGGCUCUCGGUGUGGAUCAAGGCUUAUGCCUUUGUGCAUACUGGAGACAACACCAGAGCAAUAAACACCAUUUGCUCUUUGGAGAAGAAGUCAUUGCUGAGGGAUAAUGUGGACUUGCUGGGGAGCUUAGCAGACCUGUACUUCAGAGCUGGAGAUAAUAAAAACUCUAUCCUAAAAUUUGAACAGGCACAAAUGCUGGAUCCUUACCUUAUAAAAGGAAUGGAUGUUUAUGGUUAUUUAUUGGCACGUGAGGGUCGGCUGGAGGAUGUGGAGAACUUGGGCUGCCGGCUCUUCAACAUUUCUGACCAACAUGCAGAGCCCUGGGUGGUGUCUGGGUGUCACAGUUUCUACAGCAAACGCUACUCCCGUGCCUUAUACUUGGGAGCCAAAGCCAUCCAGCUGAACAGCAACAGUGUCCAGGCCCUGCUGCUGAAGGGAGCUGCCCUGCGCAACAUGGGCCGCGUGCAGGAGGCCAUCAUCCACUUCAGGGAGGCCAUCAGGCUGGCCCCCUGCCGCCUGGACUGCUACGAGGGUCUCAUCGAGUGUUACCUGGCAUCCAACAGCAUCCGUGAAGCCAUGGUGAUGGCAAACAACGUGUACAAAACCCUGGGGGCAAAUGCACAGACCCUCACCCUGCUGGCCACAGUCUGCCUGGAGGACCCAGUCACACAGGAGAAGGCAAAAACAUUGCUGGACAAAGCUCUCACACAAAGACCUGACUACAUUAAAGCUGUGGUAAAGAAAGCAGAACUUCUCAGCAGAGAGCAGAAGUAUGAAGAUGGGAUUGCCUUGCUGAGGAAUGCCCUGGCCAACCAGAGUGAUUGUGUCCUGCACCGCAUCCUGGGGGACUUCCUGGUGGCUGUCAACGAGUACCAGGAGGCCAUGGACCAGUACAGCAUAGCCCUGAGUUUGGAUCCCAAUGAUCAGAAGUCGCUGGAAGGAUUGCAGAAAAUGGAAAAAGAGGAAAGUCCAACAGAUGCCACCCAGGAAGAAGAUGUGGAUGACAUGGAGGGAAGUGGAGAAGAGGGGGACUUGGAAGGCAGUGACAGUGAAGCAGCUCAGUGGGCAGAUCAAGAACAGUGGUUUGGGAUGCAGUAAAAGCCUCCUGCUCCUUGUUUUGGCACUUGAACACACCACUAGGGCCACUCUUCUUAGAAGAACAGAAAUUAUGAUUUUUUUUUUCAGUAACAAAGGACUUCUUUUUUUGUUUUAAUAGACUCUGAAACCAAUUAAUAGUUCUGUGCAUCUCAAUAUUGUGGAGAUUUUUGAUGCUUCUUAUUUAUUAAGUGUAAGGGACUAACUGCAUCCAAGGUUAUUUGCAACUUUCAUUUUGAAAAAUUCCUGCUAAAACCAAAACCAUCAGAAUCUGAGGUGUGUAAUGAGCCUUUUGUUUGUGAUGAAGACAAUGUCUGAGUUCUGUCCAGGGCUGAGUGCUUGGGCAAAUUGUAAAUACAGUGGUUUGUACUCCUUUGUGGGAAAGUCCUUGCUCCUUUGUGUGCAGCCAUUUGAGUCUGGGGGAGCUGCUCCCAGUGGAGUCUGGGGGAGCUGCUUGAGUGUGGCUGAAAGCAGCACUUUUCUUCUGCUGUGUUUGUUGAAUUAAUUUGUCUUUUUCUAGGGCAUUACCUGUGCUGUCCAGGACAAAUUUGGGACAAUAGGCAACUUGGACUUGCUGGACACUUUUUAUAGCUGAUUUCUCUGUGUACAGGAUUGAGCCAGUGGUGGAGAAUUAAAGUCAUUUCUUCAACCCUUACUAAA